GUCAGCCCCGUGUCGAGUACUCCACUGCUUCAGGCGUAACAUCACUACAAGGACGGUUCAGGCUGCUUUAGCUCAACCAGCGUUACGGUUAUUGUCACUGUAACUCUCCAGGUCCCACCAUGCGUAGCGCGCAUCUCCUCCUGAUACCUGCACUACUGCUCCUCCUGGCCCUUCCUGUUUCCAGGGGACGCUACAAUGAUGACUUUGAUGAUGGCGAGGACCUUGCAGACUUUGAUGACAAUGACUUUGCUGAGUUUGAGGACAUGAAUGACGAUCCAGCACCGGAGGCAGAAACUGCCCCUCCGCCUCGGGCUUCGCCGUCCUCGCAGCCUGAGGACGAUGAAGAUGAAGAUGAAGCCACUGUGGAGCUGGAGGAUGGCAUGGAUGGUUUUGAAGACUCAGAGACACAGGAUCAGGACAUAUACAGCAAAUAUGACCAGGAAGAGUUUGAGGGGAUUGGGGACAUGGACAAGCCUAGCCACUCCAUGAAGGACCCCCUCAUAAUCCACACGGUUCCUGCCCAUCUGCAGAACAGCUGGGAGAGUUACUACAUGGAGAUCCUGAUGGUGACAGGCCUGUUGGCCUACAUCAUGAACUACAUCAUCGGCAAGAACAAGAACAGUCGCCUUGCUCAGGCUUGGUUCAACUCACACAGGGAGCUUCUAGAGAGCAACUUUGCACUAGUGGGUGACGAUGGCACCAGUAAAGAAGCAGUGAGCACAGGGAAGCUGAAUCAGGAAAAUGAACACAUCUACAACCUGUGGUGCUCCGGGCGUGUGUGCUGUGAAGGCAUGCUGAUCCAACUCAAGUUUCUGAAGAGGCAGGACCUGCUCAAUGUUCUGGCCAGGAUGAUGAGGCCCGCCUGUGAUCAAGUGCAAAUCAAAGUGACGCUUAAUGAUGAGGACAUGGACACUUUUGUGUUUGCUGUUGGCACCAAGAAGGCGAUGGCCAGGCUUCAGAAGGAGAUGCAGGACUUGAGUGAGUUCUGCGGUGAUAAGCCUAAGUCCGGGGCUAAGUAUGGGCUCCCAGACUCCCUUGCUAUUCUAAGUGAGAUGGGUGAGGUCACGGAUGGGGUGAUGGACAACAAGAUGGUGCAUUAUAUCACCAAUCAUGCAGACAAGAUCGAGUCCAUCCAUUUCUCGGACCAAUUUUCUGGUCCAAAAGUUAUGCAAGAGGAGGGUCAGCCCUUAAAGCUGCCUGAGACCAAGAAGACGCUGUUGUUUACAUUUAAUGUGCCUGGCAUGGGCAACACCUCUCCCAAAGACAUGGACUCUCUGCUCCCUCUCAUGAACAUGGUGAUCUACAGCAUCGAUAAAGUCAAGAAGCUCCGUCUCAACAGGGAGGGCAAACUGAAAGCUGACAGAAACCGUGCCCGUGUGGAGGAGAACUUCCUGAAGCAGACUCAUGCUCAGCGUCAGGAGGCAGCCCAGACACGCAGAGAGGAGAAGAAGAGAGCCGAGAAGGAGAGGAUCAUGAAUGAGGAGGACCCUGAGAGACAGCGUCGUCUGGAGGAAGCAGCCCAGCGACGUGAGCAGAAGAAGAUUGAGAAGAAGCAGAUGAAGAUGAAGCAGAUCAAAGUGAAAGCCAUGUGAAAGAUCACCACGGGGGAUACAAGCACACAUGAAAGCAGUGCUCAGCUCAAGACAGUUCUCUGCAGCUUCUCUCACCUCUGUCCGUAGCUCUGGCUCACAGUUGCUCUAAACAGACAUCCUGUGCCUCUGGGUGUGUCAAGCUCUGCUGUCUCUGUCAACACCUGCUCCAUUUGGUGCGGCUGAACCCAAAUGACUGAGAGUGAACUGUCCAUGUCUAUUGACAGGGACUGUUUUUUUUACCAUCAUAUCACCACAAUUCACAUCAGGAUAUAUAUAUUUUUUUUUUUGUCUUUUUCUGUCCAACUGUUUUCUCAAAAUUAAUCUUAGCUCUGUUUGAAAGCUGUGCAGCUUAAUGAGCUUUUAAACUUCAUCUGCCGGGAAGGGACACGCUAUUUGGUGGUAUCGAGCCAGGUUUUAAAAUGAAUGAAAGCAUCGCUGUGGUUUCAUUGGAAGUUUAUUAGCAUUAAUAUAAUCUUAUGAUACUGUCAAUGAAAUUUUAAUUUAUAUCUGCCAUGAGGUUGGUUUCUUGCAGGCUGUUUCUUAUGAAUAUCUGAGCAAACAUAAUAAAAUGCACUGGAGUCUGUUAGAAAA